AUGACACAUCAAUUUACUUUUAUUAAAGAUAGUAUUUAUCAUUCUACUGGAGUUUUUGAAUAUAAUGAUGAAUAUUGGGUUGCUCAUUUAAAAGGAGAGGAUCUUAAAGUUUCAUGGAAGAAUAUUACUGCACUAUCAUUAGAGUAUCGUGUUUAUAAGGAUGGGAAAUUCUUUAUUGAAUUAGAAGAAAGACAAUUAGUAAAAUCUCACAAUUUACGAUGUAUCUACUUUUAUUUUGAAAGAAAAGAUUUCUAUGAACUAGAAAAUUUUAUUUAUGAACAUAAGUUGAGUAAAUUACCCCAUCCAAAUCAUUACCAGAUGGAAUACCCAUUUGUAAAAAUUUAUUCAAAACAUAUGAGACAAGUACUAAACUUUUUAACAGCAGUAAUGAAUACAUUAAUGUUUUUAGUAUUAUUUGCUAAGUUAUACAAUUUUAUUGAUAAAAAGACUGGUGGAUUAACUCGUUUACAAAAUGAACUUUUAUUAUUAAUGGAUUGGUUCUCAGAAAGAAUUCCGACUACUUCAUUUCUUGUGAGUCUUCCAUUUUUACCUUGGAAAUAUAUCUUUUAUUUUCUUCGUUAUUUAGUUAAUUCAUUAGAUGAAAUUUCACUUAUUAUCUUCUAUACUACUACAAUGUUAAUUUAUGUCUUUAGUUAUUGGAGAGGAAUUGUUUCAACAUUGAAAUUAUUCUUAAACUUAAUCCUUUUAUUGAAACGUUUAUGUAAUAAAAUUAAAGAGAUUAUUAUUGCUAAAAAACAACAAAAUGAAAUUAAACAAGAAUAA